CCCGAAAGCAGUUCCUUCCAAGAUGCCCGGGAUGGUCAGUAAAAAUCCGGACCUCGAAUUUGACUCUCUGCAGCCUUGUUUCUAUCCGGACGAGGACGAUUUUUAUUUGUGCGGUCCGGACUCCACACCCCCAGGGGAGGACAUCUGGAAAAAGUUUGAACUGCUCCCUACCCCGCCGCUGUCUCCCAGCCCGGCCGGUCUGCAAGAGAACCCCCCAGGAGGAGCCCCCGGGUCAUGGGGAGGAGCAGCAUCAGCGGCGCUCAGGGGCUUCCGAACCGGCGACCCCCUGGACUGGGCUUCGGAGCUGUUGCUGCUGCCCCCAGAGGCCGACCUGUGGGGCGGCGGGGACGGCAGGGAUGCUUUCGAGAUGGGCUUGGGGGAGAGCAGCAACCUCAACGCCAUCAUCAUCCAGGACUGUAUGUGGAGCGGCAUCUCAGCCACGGAGAAGCUCGAGAGGGCCGUGCACGAGAAGCUGCAGAGGAAAGGAGGAACAGCUGCCGCGCCUGCCACAGCUGGCUCGGCUGCCACCCUGCCUCCCGCUGCCGCCGCCACCUUGGCUGCCGCCAGCGCCGCCACGGCCCCCGCCCCCAACGCCAGCUCUGGGAACAAUAGUGGCAGCCAAGCCCCCUCCGAGGAGCUCAACAACUCUGUGUCCGAGUGUGUGGAUCCCGCCGUGGUCUUUCCUUUCCCGAUGAACAAGAGAGAGCCAGUUGUCGCAGCAGCAGCAGCGCCAGCCUCAGCUGCUGGGGGAGUGGCUGGCCUCCGGGUGAACACUGGCGGCGGUGGCAGUGCCAUUAUUAACCACGGAGGAGGAGGAGGAGGGGGUGGUGCUGGUGGUGGGAUCGCGCAAGGGCUGGCAGGUCCCGCUCAGCGACAUGGGAGCAGUAAUAGCGGCCGCCACCUGGGCACGGCUAGCGACAGCAGGACCAACAACAGUUCAGGGGAUGAUACGCUCAGUGAUUCUGAUGAAGAGGAUGAAGAAGAUGACGAAGAAGAAAUUGAUGUGGUCACUGUGGAAAAAAGGCGCUCUUCCUCUUACAAGUCUGUUACCACCCUAACUAUUGCGGUGCGCCCUAAAAAUGCCACCACCUUUGCCUCUGUGAGAACUCAACCACACGAAGUCCUCCUAAAGCGCUGUGCCCCAAUUCAUCAGCAGCAUAACUAUGCCGCGCCUUCGCCCUAUAUCGAAAGUGAAGAGGUGCCCCCCCAGAAAAAGCUAAAAAACGAAGCCCCUCGUCUGGUGAAAACUGCGGCCCCGCCAAAGCCGAAGAGCUGUAGCCCACGAAACUCCGAUUCAGAAGACAGUGAGCGCCGACGUAACCACAACAUCCUGGAGCGUCAAAGGCGUAAUGAUUUGAGGUCGAGUUUCCUUACGUUAAGGGACCAUGUGCCAGAACUGGUUAAAAACGAGAAAGCCGCCAAAGUGGUCAUCUUGAAAAAAGCCACUGAGUAUGUCCACUCCCUCCAGGCUGAGGAGCACAAGUUGUUGCUAGAAAAGGAAAAAUUGCAAGUCCGACAGCAGCAGUUGAUAAAAAAAUUAGAACACAUGCAGACUUGUUAACUUUCUGGAAAGCAAGCAAACAAAUAAAAACUUUAUUUUUUUUGUCAUUGUCUGAUCUGGACAGCCACUGCCACUUUGCACAUUUUUGAUUCCUUAAAAGAGAGUUAUGUUUUUUGACGUUAAGAAUGUUGGUUUUCCUUUCAAUCCAGUCUCUGAAGCAGAUGACGAAAGAAGAGAGUAGAUGGGCUGUUCUGAUGUAGGACUGAAGAGGCUGCCAAACUGUAAUGCAAUGCCUUUUGUAUUUCCUCUUAGAACUGUUAUCUGUUCUUGAAAUGUCGUGAGCGUUUGGAUCUGCUUAUGACAUCCAGUUGAGUUUGGAAAUGGUCAUUCCUUCUUAAAUGGUGCUUAUGUUCUACCAGGUGUUAUGGGGCAAAACCAUUUUGUACUUUUGUGGUAAUGGUGGGAAAACACCUCUGUAAAUACCAUAUACACUUGCCUUUUGUACAUGUCUUGGGUCAUGAGAGGUGACUUUUGCUACCAAUAUUAGACUGGAAGUUCAUACCUAAGUACUGUAAUACCUCAAUGUUUGAGGAGCAUGUUUUUGUAUACAAAUAUAUUGUUAAUCUCUGUUAUGUACUGUACUAAUUCUUACACUGCCUGUAUACUUUAGUAUGAUGCUGAUACAUAACUAAAUUUGAUACUUAUAUUUUCGUAUGAAAAUGGUUGUGGAAAGUUUUGAGUAGAUAUUACUUUAUCACUUUUUUGAACUAAGAAAACUUUUGUAAAGAAAUUUACUAUAUAUGCCUUUUUUCCUAGCCUGUUUCUUCCAGUUAAUGUAUUUGUUAAUGUUUGUUGCAUAGAACUGGGUAAUUGCAAAGUUCUGUGUUUAAUUUCUUCCAACGAUGUACAUUUAGUGCUGCAUCUUUAUAGCACUUUGA